CGACGAGAAGGUCGUCCUCUUUACUGUUCUUCUCGUUAUCAGAUUUAACAGUCAACUUGAGCUGUAGGUAUCUAGGUUGAGUAUAGGUUAACCUACAUUCGGGCUCAAGAUGAUUGGCUGAUAGCAUGGUAAUGGACAAGAACUUUCGACGGGGUCUUGAGCAGUAGACACAGCCAUGGGGAAGAACAAGCAGCUCAAGCGCCAGCAGCGUAAUGCUUUAUCGUCGUCAUCUCCAUCUUCUUCUGAUGCUACCACCGAAAAUUCGAGGUCAAACAAGAAGCAGAAGACCCAAAAAUCGAACGAGACCGAAGUGGAGAUUGAUACUCUGAGCUUUGACGACGCGUUUUCGGCCGGUUUGGCCUUUGAGCAGCUGGAAUCGUACGACGGCGCGUUGGCAUCUUUCCAACAAGCAGUUAAAUGCCAGCCGAGUCACUUGGGGGCGCUAACGCACCUUGCAGACGUGUAUUCUGCUGCUGGACAACCAGACGAAGCUCUCAAGUGUUACACUAAAGCUAGCGAGCUGGAGGACGGAAAGACAGACGCGUCGGUUUGGUUCCGAUUGGGUUUAGCUCAUGCAGCAUUGGAUAAGCAACUUUGCGCGACAAAUGCGUACACAAAGUCAAUGAAAAUCAAUGCUGAGGCUCUGGAAUCCACUGAGGACGAAGAGGACAUCGUGGAGCUCAAAAAAGCGUACGGCGUCACACUGGCAGCACUUGCUGAAGCGUUCGGUGAGCUUGGAGAUCUGGACUCUGCAGUCAAGGUGUUUGAAGAUGGUGCUGUCAAGUUCCCGGACAAUGCGAACAUGCAUUACAAUCUGGCAAACAUGCGCAUGGCGAGAAGUGGAAGCACUGGAGAUAACGCUUUCGAUAAGCUGGUGGUUCAGAGCUUGGAGCAAGCGAUUAAGCUCAGCCCAGAUACACGCGACUUCGUUGAAGAUCUGGCUGGAUACUUGGAACAGCAUGACCAACAACCGGAUAGAGUGCGUGAACUGAAGGCGAAGACUGUAGAACUGCAGAAAUCCAAAGAUGAAGAACAAAAGGACGAGGAAAGCAGUGAAGAGGAGAGCGAUGAAGAAGAUGAAUAAAUGUUGGUUGCAGAAUAGAUUAAAAAGCAGUACGAAGCGACCCCAUGUUCACCUUUUGUCAGGUAU